AUUCUUCUCCUUCCUCCUCUUUAUCUUUUAUUUAAUAAAACACUUUAUCUUUUUUGUCCAUGACUAUACCAUUUGUAUCGAAUGAAACCAGCAGCUGGCUGCUAUACAUUUUGACCGAUUCAGCAUUACCAACUGGCGGAUUCGUGGCCUCGUCGGGUCUCGAGGCUACACACCAAGCAGGUCUACUCGACUCGACCAACUUGACCGAGUUUGUCACCAGUGCCAACCACAACUAUGCAUGCAACACGUCCAGUUUUGUUCGCGCGGGUUUUGAAGCACUCGACCAUGCCGAUCCCCUGGACUGGCUUGAAGAAUGCGAUGCGGUCUGCGAUGCUGUCAUGGUGGCCAACACGGUUGGACGACGUGCUUCACUAGCUCAGGGCGUUGCGAUGGUUACGCUUUAUCUCAAGUGCUUCACAGAGACAUCAGAGAAUGACAAUGGCUUGGAUAUCUCCAUUAUGAAACGGUUCAAGACAAUGAUCCGUGCAGAAAAGGUCGAUGGUCAUUUUCCUAUUUGCUUUGGUCUUGUAUGCCGUUAUCUCAAAGUGGAUCUUGAAAAUACCCUCCAUUUGUGGUUAUACCUUUUUACACGGACGCUAUAUUCAUCGGCAGUUCGGAUGAACGUUAUUGGCCCGUACGAAGCUCAGAAGCUUCUGUUUCAGUCGCGGGAACCAAUCGAACGCAUUGUCAAGGAAACUGCGGACAUCCCAAUGGAGGACUGCUGUCAAACCAACCCGCUCCUUGAUGUAUGUCAAGGCAUGCAUGAUCGACUCUACACACGGUUAUUCAACAGCUAAAUAAGCUCACAUUUACUAUCUUUACGCAUUUUCCGCACGCCCUAUAACUAUUGCAUUUGUUUAUCUACUCCUUUUACAUCAUUCAUCAUUCAUCACCCAUAUUCCCAUGCAUGUAAUUUAAUAAUAAAGCACCACAUCUCAACUGUACAUUUGCUUUUCGUCUUGUGCUAACUGCACUAAAAUCCAAAUAAACCUACAAAAAGAUUUAAGAUACAAAGAA